CGGCCCGGCCAGCCCCGGGAUGGCGGCGGCGGAGGCGGGCGAGGCGGACCUGGGCCUGCUGGAGUGCCGGGUGUGCUUCGAGCCCUACGGCCCCGGCGGGCAGCGGCGGCCGCGCAACCUGCCCUGCGGCCACGUCCUCUGCCGGGGCUGCGUGGGCGCCCUGGGCGGCCGGGGCCGGCUGGAGUGCCCCUUCUGCCGGCGGGCCUGCGGCCCCUCGGACACCAGCGACUGCCUGCCGCUGCUGCAGCUGCUCGAGGUGCUGGGCCCGGCUUGCAGCAUCCUCCCGGCCGCGGGCAGCGCCGCCCCCGGGGCUCCGGGGCUGCGGCUGGCCCUGGGCGGCUGGGGGGCUCUGGUCAACCCCACGGGGGUGGCGGCGUGCCCCAAGUCGGGGUGCUUGGCGGUGGCCCACGACGGCAAGAAGAGGAUCCACGUCUUCGGGCCGAGCGGGUCCUGCCUGCAGCGCUUUGGGGAGCGCGGGGAGGCGGGCAACGAUAUCAAGUACCCGCUCGACGUGGCCGUCACGGCGGACGGGCACGUGGUGGUCACCGACGGCGGGGACCGCGCGGUGAAGGCCUUCGACUGGGAGGGAAGGGGGGCCUUGGCGGUGCGAGAGGGCUUCUGCCUGCCAUGGGGCUUGGACGCCACCCCGGAGAGCGACGUGAUCCUGACGGACGCGGAGGCAGGAGCUCUGUACCGCCUGACGGCCGACUUCGGAAAGGGUGAGCUGAAGAAGUGCCAGAUGCUCCGGUCCAAGUUAACCAGCCCCAGAGGGGUGGCGGUCUGCCAGACUUCGGGCGCUGUUGUGGUGAUAGAGCACCUGAAGGCCAGGGGGCCCAACAACAGCAGCACCCGGAUAAAGAUAUUCAGUGCAGACAUGGAUCUCGUGGGACAGAUGGAUAGCUUUGGCCUGAACCUCUUUUUCCCCUCCAAAAUAUACACGACGGCUGUGGCCUUUGACAAAGAGGGUCGCAUCGUAGUAACAGAUGUCUGUAGCCAGGCUGUGAUAUGCUUAGGGAAACCUGGGGAGUUUCCCAUCUUUAACCCUCUAAUUAGCCACGGGCUUUCAUACCCCAUAGGACUGACUUACACAGCAAACAAUUCCCUCGUAGUUUUAGACAGCGGUGAUCACACAGUAAAAAUCUAUAGCUCCACCUGAAUGGGUCUAGGUUUAUACUGCUGUAUCUGCUUUUGGCCACAAAGCAAGCAAAGUCCUGGUCUUCAUAGGUGUGUAGGGAGGGGGUAUUUUCUGGGCUCGACUUGAAGUGAAAUUACCCUCUUUAACCAGCAUGCUCUGCUUCCCGCAUAACUUGCAUCAAAUCCCUUGCCUACCCACAGGAGACAACCUGGCCACUGCAGGCCAGAGUCAACAGUGAAUCAACCAAAUGAUUUGGCAUUUUAAAACUAUUCCAUACCUUGACAACCAAAUAUUCAUACUGCGAAGUAAUAGCAGCAUCUGGAAUGGAGUAAUCCAAGACUUGCAGCUGGGAGAGAGAAGGAUGCAUCUUUUGUUUACCGUCAUCAGCAUUUUGCUUUCGUUAUUCUUCGUUAGGCAUGAGAGUGACAGAAUGGUUUAUGUAGGAUUUCUGCAUGAGAAAGGAGACUGACUGGAUGAACUGAUGGGAGAAAUGGCAGAUUCAGUCAAAGGGUCAUUUGAUCCAGCCAAGGUCAAUUGCGAUAGAGGAGCUAUCAGCAAUUAGUGAGUUAUAUGACAUGAACUGGUGCUCAAAACCUUUUUUUUUUUUUUUUCUCCAUAUUGGGGAAAUGCACUUCUGGAUGCACUUUUCUUUAUAUUAGUUUAUUGCCGCCUUUAUUGGAGUUGUACAGAAGCAGUUACACUUCCUGUAUAAUGCAUGAGCCUGCGUCUUCAUCUAGAUGAAGUCUUGUGUGUGGUUACCUGCAUGGGCAGCUUUCCCUAGCAGCCCCUCCAGUAUUGGUGUUUAGACCACAGGUACUUCUGCAUAUACAAAAUUGAAUUGGCUGUAUUACUAACACAAGUACUUUUGGGAGAUUUCCAAUAAUACCUGCAUCUGUCUCGUAAUUAAUUUAGUACUUUUGCACCAAUCUUCAAGAUUCAGUUGAAAACUGAAAUGGUGUUGAUGAGUAAUAAUAGGGAAAGGGGAACGUGAGCCUUGCUUUUUCACAGCUUCCAAAGGAGGUUUUGUUGGUAGUGAAUACACAGCAGGUUUAGGUUAUUUUAUAUUAUCCUGAAAGCAGUUUCACUGUGGACAUGAGUUCUGUUGCCUUAUUGCACCACGGAAAUUAAGUUAUAACUGAAUUACUUUGAGAAGGAUUUAACGCACCCACUAGAAGUCACUGCUGCAUUUUUAUGUAUUUCUGCUCCUAAAGUAAUUAUUUAGGUGGUUCAGCACUAAAAGGCAGUUAGAUAUAAAUGUAAAUGUUUUAUGAGGUAGAAACAAGUAGAUCAAAAUUGAAGAAAACAUUUUGGUCAUGUAUUUAGUGACUGAAAGCAUGCAUAUUAACUAAAGACACUUGAAAUUCACAGGUAGUCUUUCUAUUGGUUAACUUUUAAUCUGGCUUUUGGUCUGGCUUCCUGGGCAGUUAGUAACUGCAUGUAUUGCUGUACCAGCGAUAUUCCAAAUAUUUCAAACUGAAGCAUUUUUAGUCCUCUAAUUCAGACAAUGUAUUAAUCCGUCUCAUGUUACCAUUUAUAAAAGAGAGCAAACAAAACUAUUAAAUGCAGCUAUUUGUAAAGGCUGAUUGAACAGUGACCUGCCAAUAAAGUGUGAUUUGCUUACUCCUAUGCUGGGCAAUUUAGUGAAAAUUUCUAACUUCUUUUUAUCACAGUUUUCUCUGUGACAGUUCAAUUUCUCUGUUGUAGUUGCUGUAUAGGUGGUUUCUUUUGUUUUAUUUGGAGAUAUCCUGCUGAAGUUGUAGGGUGAUUUGUUGCUGUUGGAAAAUAUAUGGGCCUGCACAGUUGGUCUAGUGCCAAGCCACACAGCAAGUGCCUUUGGUGGGACCAGAAAUAUGUCUCAGAUAUUUUGCAGUAGGAGGUAUCCUGCCCUGACUAGGAGCCCUCCUGAGGGCUCAAGAAGGAAAUUUACUCAGAGAAGCAGCCCCCUGGCUUAUAUAUGCCUUUCUAGGUGCCAAGACAGCUGUCUUCGAGGGAUAUAAAAACAAUUGGACAACACUUCCUUUGGGGAACUGCUGUGUUUCAAAAUGCAUGUAAUACCAUGUAUGCUUUAUUCAUACAUAAUUAUUAGUUUAUCACAAUAGCAGUUGUGGGACCCGGACACUUCCUCUGUGAGCUCUCAUCUCCUCAAACCUUCCUCUGCACCAGGAGCUUGUUUUUCCUGCUGAUCUCAUGGGCAGGCAAGUUUCCUAGUGCCUGCUACCAUGUAGGAAGCUUACUAGCAGCUGAAAUGCUGACUUUUGAGUAUUUGACUCAUGUUGUUUUAAUAUACACAAAAUCUCCAUUUGUUGCCCAUUCUUCUCCUGUCUGCUUUGGUAUAUAGCUAGAAAUCACCUGAUGUUUGGGUUUUGCUUUAUUCUACCAGCUAGGGCAAACCAGCUUUCUUCUACCUAGUUUGCCCCACACCAUGUCCUGCAUUCUCUGAUUUACUGACUGCAAGCAAAUACUUUUUUCUUUUUUUUCGUGAAUGAUGCUGUUUUCUUUUUGCUUUAAGGCUUGGUAUUUGGCAUUGUUCAGCACUGCAUCAAAGAAACCACUGAAUUCUGUUUUAAUUCACUUGAUUUGGGCAUGCAAAUUGAGAAGCUUUAAAAAAACUACAUAAAAAUCAUGUCAAAAGUCUUGAGUUUUUCAGGGAAAACCUGAAAUCUUUCUUUCAUCACACAAGAGGAUUUAAGAGAGAGAGAUCCACCAAUACUCAUAUAAGAAACUAAAAAGUCUUUGUUUUCUUACCUCUCACAUUUUUUCUUACUCUUGCCUCUUACAUUAUGCAUUUAUGCACAUUUCCCUAUACCUAGUUUAGAUACCUGUUGCCUUCAGGAUGAUAACUUAAUGCCGUCUGCUUUUCAAAGACCUACAGAACACGUAUUGCUUCUAUCUGUCUGGUAAUUGGUUGGAAUUUAGUCACAGAUUUCAACUGAACAAAAACUUGGGUUCUGGGGGGAGGAUGGAAAAGGAUGAGGGGCUCCUACCUGAACAGAUAUAAUUACGUAGAUGAUGAUUUGGGGGUUCUAGUGGAUGUAUUAAAAAUGGGGGUAGCGUGAUGUGUUCUGCCCCUUGGAAAAGAGUGCUGGGGUUUUCAUCUAGAAUGUAAUAUGGGACUGUGUCUCACUGCUUCAGUGAUAAUCACCAUCGCUGCUAUUUAAUAAAAGAACCUGAUGUAAGCUUUGCAUAAUCCCCUGCACCUCAGGUUUUAAUAUUAUGGAUUGCAAACAAAUAAAUAUAACAAACAGUAUUCCCCUACUGUAGGUUGGUAUGACUGCUGCACACACACACUGCAAUUUCUAUUUGGUUUUUAUUUUUAAGCUCUGCUCUCAGAUUGCUGUCGUUGCAUAUAAAUAUACUUGGGUGUGUUUACGGUGUUUAGCAAGGUGUCAGAGGAGUUUCAUAGAUGUGAAUCAAAACUGUGUCCUAUAACAUAAUUUUUGUUUUGGUUUGGUUUUGAACAAAGUAUUUUCUGUUAAAGAAUAUAAUUAUUCACCUUGGUGAAUUAAAAGAAGAAAGAAAGAGGGAAAAGAAGUUAUAAUUUACUUUUGGCCUUUGGCUAUUAGUUCCCUCAAGCCACACUGCUCUGCACAUCAGUUUGAUGUUCAUAUUUUCAUGACAUGUGGACAUAACAUCACCGUAGCAUUUUUUAAUGUGGACUUAUUUCAGGUGAAGAGGAGAGCUCCUGUAAUGUCAAGCCCCAAAACCACCAAGAGUUUUAUCGAGCAGUGUCCAUCAAAGUGACGACCUGAAAUACAGGAAGCCUUUCCUUCCUAGAAGGGUUGAGAGAGGUAAAAAAGCAACUUUUCUCCACGUGACUGUGUUG